GAAUAUAUUUGAAGGUAUCAAUGUUUUGUAUGGUUGAAUUUGAUGACAUCGUUCGUUCUAGGGAUGAAUCAGACCUCUUCAAACAUCACGCUGGGGGCCUCACAGAGGGACUCCUUCUCCAAAGCUGUGACCAAGAACGUCAUUGUGGUGGCUCUGGGAGUCACUGUCAUUUACCUCAAUGCCAGCCUGAUCCACACCUUCCACAAACAGCAGAUCUUCAACACCAAUCCCCGCUACAUCCUCUUCAUCCACAUGGUCAUCAAUGACACUGUCCAGUUGACCCUCACCAUCCUCCUCUUCCUUAUCGGCUACACCCUCUACCACAUCAACGUCUGCCUGUGCAGCUUCAUCAUCCUGCUGGCACUGUUCACCACUGAAAACACACCGCUCAACCUCUCCUGCAUGGCCCUAGAGUGCUACGUGGCAGUGUGUCGCCCGCUGCACCACGCCCGCAUCUGCACCGUGCGGAGGACAUACCUCUUCAUCGGUCUGAUCUGGGCCACCAGUAUGCUCUCCAUCCUCCCGGACCUGUUUGUCUCCCUGGCUACCGAGCCCGUGGCGUUCUUUAGCACAGAUGUCUUCUGUCUUAGGGAGAUAGUGUUCCGCAACCCUCACAUCAUCCUCAAGAGGGACGCCUGGUACGUGUUGCUGCUGGUCGUCAUUUGGCUGACCCUGCUCUACACGUACUUCCGCAUCCUGUUCACCGCCCGAGCCGCCAGCGCGGACGCAAAGAAGGCCCGAAACACCAUCCUGCUCCACGGCUUCCAGCUGCUGCUGUGCAUGUUGAUAUACGUGGACCCGUUGCUGAAAACGCUUCUGAACUACUGGUUCCCCAAUAGUUUGACGGACUCAUUGUUCGCGUGCUACAUCAUCAUCAACAUUUUGCCACGGUCCAUCAGCCCCAUGGUGUACGGCCUGCGAGACAAGACCUUCAGGAUGUACCUGAAGAAACACCUCUUGUGCAGAUUGACAUUGGUGACGGUGUAAUCUAAACCCUUAUAAACUAUCUACUGCGUAAACUGUGGUGGUAUUCCGGACCCUCAAGGCGCCCGGGGCCUGUGUGCACUACCCACUAGACGCAUGUUGGGGGUUUCAAAUUCAAUCGUUAUGAUUGAAAAAUGUUCAAUGGUUUUAUCCUUUUGUCAUGAAAUCAGUUAGGUAGUGGAUGAAAGUGAUAAACUCUGCUAACCAGAGAGACAUUAAACCCAAGCUUGGUAGCACUGGUUGGUUUUAUUUACCUCAGUAAUAAAUUUUUUCGAAAUGCAUUGAAAAAAUGCAUUUUAUUGAAAUAAAUGUAAUUUUCUUUCAAUUUAAUCUUUCUAUGACUGAAAAUAUAUGUGUUUCAGAGUGCUAAUCCCAGCGAAUUUUUUUACCAAUACUAAGUGCUAAAUAAGGAGCAUCUUUCCAGGAGAUGUUUCUGUUGCUUACAGCAAAAGGCCUCCACUAACUAAGCUAAUUAUCUCCACAGCAGUCUCCCAGCAGAGAGAGAGAGAGAGAGAGAGAGAGAGAGAGAGAGAGAGAGAGAGAGAGAGAGAGAGAGAGAGAGAGAGAGAGAGAGAGAGAAUUUACAAGCAUCAUGUUCAUCGGGCUACAUGUACACCUACACAUGCGUUCUCUUACGAGCUACACAUGUUUAUGUUCUCAUACAAGCUACCUGGGAGCAUAUUGACUUUUAAUCAUGAAGCUUGUUGAGGACCCAGGUUGCCCCUUGUGUUCCACCUCCUGGACUCAGUCUGAGGAUCACUGGAAAGGUCAUGUAGUCCCUCGUCCCCCAUCAAGGGAACUUGCUCUGGAUGAUGUAAUGAAAAUAAUAAUUAUAAUAAUCAAUAUUGUCAUAAUUAACAUUAUUUUAACAGCCCUUUUGUUUCCAAACUCUGCAGGCAA